AUGAAAAUUAAUGGUGAGAUGCUUUGUUUUUCUAUAAAUUAUUAGAAAGUGCCACGUGGUGGUCUAGGAAUGUUUGUAGGAGUCCACGUGGCCGUUUGAGGACGUUUGUAGAAAGUUUAAUAGACUUUUAGUAUAUAAUAGAUCAGAUGAUGUAAAGUGAAGUACACUGUUAUUCCUACAGGCCAAAGCUGACCUAACCAAUUCAAAACGCUCAAAUUUUAAACCCAAACCUUCGAAUUUCAAAGAAAAGCAACGGCUCCACCACCGUCGCCGUUGCUGCGCCCCGCACAAGGUGGGGGCACGAGCCCAGCCGCCCAACGACUUCCCCUCCACUCCACUCCACCUCCCACGAUUCCCCACGUCCAAUCACAACCCACCUCGCUCCCCGAGCAGCAGCUGAGCUCCCAAUCCGGCAAUCCGCCAUGCCCGCCGCCGAGAGCUGCCACUCCCGCAGCCUCUCGUGGCUCGUCAAGUCCUGCAUCCCCGCCGACCCCGCCCGCCACAUCGCUGUCCCCGUUCUUUGCCCCACCCCGCAACCGCCGCCUCCCUCGUCGCCGCCGGCACCCCCAAUCUCCGCCCUCCCCGACGACCUCCUCCUCGAGUGCCUCGCCCGCGUCCCCCGCGCCUCCAUCCCUCCGCUCCCCGCCGUCUCCCGCCGCUUCGCCACGCUCCUCGCCUCCGACGCCUUCCUCCACCUCCGCCGCGCCCACGCCCACCUCCGCCCCUCCCUCCUCGGCCUCUCCGUCUCCGACAACGGCUGCAUCGCGCAGGCGCUGCUCCGGUUUGAAUCCUCCGUGCCCGUGCUCGAGGUCGCCGCGCUGCCGUUGCCCCCGACCCUGCUGCAUUGCGGCGGCUCCGUGUUCGCGCACGCCCGCGCGGUCGUGCUGGGUCGGGAUGUCUUCCUCAUCGGCCGCGGGGCGACGCUGCGCGUCGACGCGCUCACCGGCGCGGCCCGCGCGUGCGCGCCCACGCUCUUCCCGCGGAAGAAGUUCGCCGCUGCCGCCGUGGGCGACCGGAUCUACGUCGCCGGCGGGUCCGCGCGCACCGCGGUGGUCGAGGAGUACGACCCGGAGGCUGACGCGUGGCGCGUGGUCGGCGAGGCGCCGCGGCGGAGGUACGGGUGCGCCGGCGCGAGCGCGGGAGGCGUGUUCUACGUCGCCGGGGGCGUCGCGGUGUCCGGCGAGGGCGCGCGGGCGCUCGAGGCGCACGUGUGCGCCGGGUCGGUGGACGCGCUGCACGUCGCGUCCGGCGCCUGGGCGCGCCCCCGUGCGCUCCCCGGCGGCGGCUGCGUCGUGGGGGCGUGCGGCGUCGGUGACCACCUGUACAUGGUGGCGAGCCACGCGGUGGAGCUCUCCUUCUGGAGGUGGUGCGGCGCCACCGGCCGUGCCGGUGACGGCAGAGGCUGGGGCGGGUGGGUGGCGCUUGAGGCGCCGCCGAUGCCGAGGGGGUCGGUGGGGCUCGGCAUGGCGGUGCGCGUGGCGAUGGCCGGCCUAGGAACCAACAGGGUGGCGGCCGUGGUGAGCGCUGCGGCCGUGAGGGGUCACAAUGCCGGCGGCGGCGCGUUGGAAGGGAUGGUGCUGGUGUACGACAUCGCCGGCGGCAAGUGGAGCCGCGCGCCGGACCUGCCGCCAGGGUUCCGCCGCGCCGCGUGCGCCGGCGUCGAGUGCUGAGAAUGUUGGUAGAUGUGGUCCCCGCAGUUCAGUGAGAUUCGCGCUAUUUGGUGGGUGGAUAGGAUAGAUUGAUGCUAAUGUCAAGUAACAUGGCGCCAUCGUGGGAUUGUUUGUUGAACAGCAACUUGAUCGGAUGCUAUUACAAUUUUUUUCUCCAGUUGUUAUUUAGCAUUGGCACAUAACUUGGAUUCAAA